GCCUUGAAUAUUCUUGAGAUUAAAAAAUUUAAAUAACUCGUUAUUUACGUGUGCAUGACGUAUGCAAUGCUUACUUGUGAAUACAAAUACACGCAAUUUAUUGAGAAGCAAACAAACACAUCGUAUUAACUCGGCCUCUGGCUAUUUCGCAUAUAAAGCUGACGAUUCACAUUUUCUCGUAACAGUCUGAGUUGAUCCGAGGUACUGCACGUGUCUCGAUGGAAUAAAAAUUACUAAAAUAAAUAAAACACUUGAUUAUUUUCAAAAAAUUAUAGUGAAUAGUUUUUUUUUUUAAAUAACAAGUGAUAUAAUUAUUUAAAUUAAAACUAAUUUACCAAAAAACAAAAACACAAUGAUAUCAUUCAAGAAUAUAAAGAUGCUGAGUGUGUUAUUAUUUAUCAGCAUUUUAUCAACAAUAAAUUGCCAGUGUUUAACAAGCAAUGAUAGUCCAACAACAGGAGAUGAAAAUUCAAAAGCUCUACUAACAAUGGCUGAAUUAAAUUUUGCUCUUGAUUCAUUAGACAAAGUAGCAUUAAUAGAAGCUAGAGAUAAUGUUUUUUACAGUCCUCAUAGUAUUCAUGAAGCACUUGUACUUGCAUACUUUGGUGCACGUGGUGAGACUGAAAAAAAUUUAAAAAAAGCUCUUAAAAUACCAGAAGAAUUAAGUAAAAUUGAUAUACAAAGAUCAUAUGCACUUGAUAAAUCAAUAAAACAAUUUGCCAAAUCACUUCAAAAUUCAUCAGAAACAAAUUAUGAAUUUACAACAGCAAAUCGUUUGUAUAUAAGUUCUGGAAAAAUGAUACGUGAAUGUAUGCUAGAUCUAUUUGGUUCACAAUUGGAAAAAGUGGAUUUUAAAUCAAAUCCAUCUGAAAUAACAAUGAUGAUUAAUGAAUGGGUCAGUAAUACAACCAAAGGAAAUAUUAAAGAUCUUAUUCCAUCAGAUGGUAUUGAUGAAGCAACUGAUCUUGUUCUUGUAAAUGCUGUAUACUUUAAAGGACUUUGGCAAAAUAAAUUUGAUUUAGCUGAUUCAAAACGUGAUAUAUUUUAUGGAUCUAAAAAUUCAAUUGUCACAUAUAUGACACAGAAAAAAACAUUUAAUUACAUGGUUGCUGAAGAUUUGGGAGCUUAUGUUAUUCAAAUGCCAUACAAAGGUGAAGAUAUAUCAAUGUUUGUAUUUCUUCCACCUUUUGCAAUGGCAAGAUCAUUAGGUGAUAAUUCAACAAGUUCAAUUGAACGUGAUGGAAUUAAAAAAUUAAUAACACGUAUGACAACAAAUGAAAAAGGUGUUAAAGAAUUACAAGAUAUAUUGACUGAUGGUAUGCCACAACGUGAAGUUGAAGUUACAUUUCCAAAAUUUACAAUUGAAAAAGAAUUACCAAUGGGUACACUUCUUGAUGCACUUGGUGCUGGUGAUUUAAUGAAAGCAAAUGUAGCUGAUUUACGUGGUUUUGUUGAUGAUAAAGAAGGCUUACAUCUUGGUGAUGCUGUGCAUAAAGCUAAAAUUGAAAUUAAUGAAGAAGGUACAACAGCAGCAGCAGCAACAGCAUUAUUUAGUUUUCGUUCAAGUAGACCAGCUGAACCAGCAGUAUUUAAUGCAAAUCAUCCAUUUGUUUAUAUUAUUUAUGAUAAAAAUAGUCAAUCAAUAUUAUUUACUGGUAUUUAUAGAACACCAGUUAUACCUGUUGACACAAAUACUUCAUAAAAUAUUUAAUAUUGUUAUUUUAAAUUUUUUUAUACCACCAACGAGUCAGAAUAAUUUUUUUAAAUUUAAAUAUUAUACAUACAAAUUAUACAAUUAUUUUUAGUGACUAUAAUUAUUAUUAUUAUUUAGAUUUUACUAUUUUAAUUUGUAUUUAGGAAUUUAAAAAAAAAAUAAAAAUUACAUUUUUAAAUUUAAUUAAAUUAUGCUUUUUAUGUUUUUUUUUGAUUUAGUUGAUAAUGUUUAAUUUUUUUUUAUUUACAAACAUUAUUAUAGGUAUUAAUUUGAAAAUUAAUUAUUGAAAAAAAAUAAUAAUUGAAUAUUUUUAUCUUAAACAAUAGUAAUAUAAUAUUAUAUAAAAAAAGAUUUUAUAUGGUAAAAGAGAGAAUGAUCUAAUUAAUUACAGGCUUUAUUGGUAGUAAUGAUAAAUAAUUUUGAAGUUUUUUAUUUUUGUUGCAAUAAUUAUUGUAUUAAGUACAUAAUUUUUUAUCUCUUGAAUUUUAAUUGAUAAAUUGUUUAACAAUUUAAAAAAAAAUACAAGUAUGUAUUUAACAACAUCAAAUUUUUUUGCCAUUUCUCCAACGAUGGGGCAUUUUCGUAAAAAGAUGGAAAAAUUUGGAGAAAAAGUGGAGAAAGUUGGAAAUAGCCGGAGAAAAAUUUCCACCAGGGUGGAAUAAAAAAAUUUGGAAAACGGUAAAUUCGCAGUUUCAAAAUUCAAAUGCAGUGUCCGCAGGUACACAUUCGAAUGUCUAUAAACGUCGAAAAACAAUGGCCCAGGUGGUAGCCACGGAGUGCCACGGAACUGAAUUUACCAAAAAAAUUGUCCAAAAAUUUACAAUGCCAAUAUAAUACAUGUAUAUGCUGCAUUUGAUAAUUUUUAUAAUAAUAAUUUAUUGAUAAAUAAGCAUUGAAAGUGCGGUGAUUUUUAUUUAUUCGAAUACUGCAGUAUGCUGUAUCAUCAAUCAUGAUUAUUGGCAUUUUUAGCUGACUUAUAGGUAUAUAAUUGACAUACAUAUUUAUUUAGGUGUUAUAUUAUAUUGUAUUAGGAUUGCUUCUGUUUGUGUCUCCGACUCUCCGCCAUGCAAUUUAUAAGAACUGAAGGCCUGAAGGUCUCAUACAAACUUCGAGCCACUCCAAUUGAGGGUCUGGAUACAGUAACACAUUGAGCGCACUGUAUCCAGACCCUCAAUUUGAGUGGCUCAAAGUUUGUAUCAGAAUUAAACUUUUGACAGAUUUUCAUGAUAUUAUGGAUAUCUGUAAAACAGUUUUAAUAUGUCUCUUUACAAAUAAGUUUGAUCAUUAUAAAUUAUAAGAUUAUUAAUUUCUAAAUUAAUUAUUAAAAUUCUUAAAGAGCUUUAUUAAUCGAGCACAUUUAUCAAGUAACGAUCUCAAAAAUCUAAAUCCUUCACCGAUUGUUGGCUUUAUAUAAGAUACAAAAAUUUUUGUUUGUUUUUUUUUUUUCAUCAUAAUUUUAAUUUGUAUUUGCAUUUAUUAAAUGAUGAAAAUAAAAAUGACAACUGAAUUUAAAUGAAUCUUUCAAAGAUUAUCUUUGAGGAAUUUCUAGAUUAAUAUUCACAAGCUUGUUUGUUCAAAUACUAGAAAUAUCAAAAUGAUAAUAUUUAUAAAACUAUAUAUCUUGAUAUAUCAUGUGGGAUCAUAAAGAUCUUGAACUUUGUUAAUAAAAAUAUAUAUAGAAAUAAAAAUAAAUAAAAAAAUGAAAUAUAUAUUUGUAACUAUGGAAUUUAUCUGAGAAUAUUCUAGAUUUAAUUUGUCUCAUAAUUAUUUAAAAGAAAAUGGGAAGACUGGAUUUCAUGUUGUUUAUUUUCACUUUUAUAAACAUGUUGAUCCGAUGUUUGUUUCAUUUUUUUAUAUAUGAUGAAGACUUAAAUCAACAAAAUUUCUAUAUUUUUCCAGUUUAUAAAUUUUGAUUUACACAUUGUGAUUAAUUUUAUAUCAAAAAAAUAAAAAAAA